AUGGAAGAAAACCAUUAUGUCUCCAUCCAUGGUCUUAACAUCACGCACAAUCCUUUGUCAGCGACUGCCAUGUCAAUUGACAGGCUCUUUCCCGCACUGCUUGAAUGCUUCGGCAUUAUUCUGUGUGGCUAUGUGGCAGGUCGCAGUGACAUUGUCAGUGUGGGACAAGCUAAAAGCCUGGGAAGUUUUGUGUCAUGCUUUGCACUUCCUGCGCUGCUUUUUAAAAACAUGGUGCAGCUUCAGUUUAAUAAUGUAGUGUGGUCAUUUCUGUGGAGUGUGCUGAUUGCAAAGGUGUGUGUGUUUAUGCUGGUAUGUGUUCUCACACUGCUGGUGGCGAGUUCAGAGAGUAGGUUUGGGAAAGCCGGACUGUUUGCCAUCUUUGCCACACAGAGUAAUGACUUUGCUCUUGGAUAUCCCAUAGUGGAUGCUCUAUACCGCAAUUCACACCCUGACUAUAUGCAGUAUCUGUAUUUGGUUGCUCCGGUGUCCCUGAUGCUUCUGAAUCCAGUGGGCUUUUUUCUGUGUGAGCUCCAGUGUUGGAGGCAAAGCCCUGACCACAACCAAAGCAAACUUCACAUUGUCUCCACUGUCCUGCUGCGGGUAAUUAAAAAUCCGAUUGUCUUCAUGGUCCUGGUUGGGAUUGUCUGUCACUUUCUGUUUGAUGGACAUGUCCCUGUGUUGCUGGGAGAGUUUGUGGAUGGAUUGGCAGAUUCAUUUGGAGGGGCAGCUUUGUUUUACCUAGGGUUGACGAUGGUGGGGCAGACAGGUCCCACUCGCUCCACCGGGGUCACUCUCAUAGUACUCAUCACGGCCAAACUGCUGUUGAUGCCGUUGAUGUGUAAGGACAUGCUGGAGCUCCUGGAUACAGAUAACUCUAGUUCAUCGAACCACAGCAGUCUUUCGGACUAUGCAUUUAUAUACGGCAUAUUUCCAUCUGCACCCAGUGUAGCAAUUUAUGCCAGUCAAUACAACAUGCAGUUGGAGGUGGUGACCUCAGGCAUGGUUAUCAGCACUUUGCUGUCUGCACCCAUUAUGUACCUGUCAGCGUGGUUACUCUCUAUACCCCGGAUGGAGGUGACACAUCUGGUUUCACAGCUGCAGGAGGUCAGCUUUAACGUCAGCAUUAUCAGCUUUGUCUUCCUGGUAUGGACUGUUGCUGUCAUGGUGCUCAGCAAGAAGUUCAGGAGGUUGCCGCAUAUGUUUGCAACAAACCUCUUUCUUGCUCAGCUGUUGGUGUGUCUGGCAAUGAGUGUGUGGAAGUUUGUUAAUCAGAAGGAUAAUGUUUUGGGACAGAUCCUUACCUUCACAUUGCUCUACGGAUCUCUCUAUAGCACCUAUAUGUGGACAGGUCUGUUAGCGUUCUCUCUGGCUUUGCUAAAGAAGAAUGAACAGCUCAAAGUUCGACCCAUCAUCUUUAUUCUCCUGGGCUGGGGGGUACCAUUUGUGAUUGUGGGCUUGUUGCUUAUUGUGGGUGAAAGAGUAAACAAUACCAGUGACUCUGCCUUCUUCUAUGGCAAAUGGCAGAUUGUGAGCAGUGUGGUGGUGUUAAGUUUUAGCAUUGUUUUGGGUGGAGUGUCUCUGAUGGGCCUUGGUCAAGGUACUCGGGAGGAGCAUUAUUAUCAGAUCCUUGAGCAGAGUGCGAUAUCAGGCAUCACAGAUGACGUCAGGAGCCCGACUCAACCCCAGGAUCAUAAUGCAGCUGAAUUCACAAGAUCGAACUGCAAUACCAAAGCAGAUCAUGAUGACUCCAUAUCCGAAAUCAGAGCAGGUCAUUUAAAUGAAUCACCAGCACCAUCAACAGGUGUAGCACUGCCUGAAGCAUCCAGAUGUGCACUGAUACAGGAGGAGAGGCAGGUGACUCGUCAUGUGCUUCUGUGUUUGCUGUUAAUGAUCGGACUUCUAGCAAAUCUGUCCAGCUGCCUCUGGUGGAUUUUAAAUACUAAUCCUGGCCGACUCUACCUUGAACUGCAGUUUUUCUGUGCUGUGGCCAAUUAUGGACAGGGUUUAAUUUCAUUUGGGUUAUUUGGGUUGGACGAGCAUCUUAUUAUUCUACCAUUCAAAAAGAGGCUGGCAGCACUGUGGAGUGGAGGGCAGGAUGUGAGUGCUGCAUCCUCUGCAGUUCCUGAAGAAAUCCGUCUGACCUGCACCCAGUUUGUCCGAUACCACAGAAACAAAUGUGUGCAGGAUGUUGUUCACAAGAGAAGUGAAUCUGCUGAAUCUCUCUCAGGAUCUGUGGGUGAAUCCUUACUAUGACAGAUGUGCUGGCUGGUUGCUGGGUCGUGAGCUUGUUGAUUGGCUUCUGCGUGUAGGUGUAGUCAAAGUCAGGGACGUUGCUUUGCUCUGUGGGUUUAGCUGCAGCA